AUGCCUGUUGUUGCUGGUCCUCCCGCAGGGGGUCCCUCGACCUUUGACAAGAUGAAAAUGGGAGCUUUGAUGGGAUCCACUGUCGGUGGCAUCAUGGGUUUCAUUGGUGGAACCGUUGCCAUUUUCCAGUACGGCGCAGGUCCCAACGGUGUGAUGCGCACUCUGGGCAAGUAUAUGCUUGGUUCAGGUGCGACUUUCGGCCUUUUUAUGUCCAUCGGUAGCGUUAUCCGUUCUGAAGGACCUCACAACGAUGCUUGGCUCCGUGCCCGAGGCCCCCCCAAUGAUGCUUCCUCGCCAGAGCCCUCUGCGCUCCAUGCGCCAAUAAAGUCCUUUCCCAAGCCUGGGAUGUCCGCGGGACAUGCGAUAUGA